GUUGGGUUAAUCCCGAACCAAAAAACACGCGCUUAGCGCGAAUAAAACACACUUCAUCAUCAUCAUCUUUCUCUUCUAUUCUAUUCUUCUCCAGUUCGCCGCUUCUGUCUCACCUUCCUCGCCGUCCUCACACUCCGAUUUUCGCGCCUCUUUAUGGCGUCGUCUUCCUCUAGCUCACUCUGUCUCCACUCUCUCCCCAAGGCUUCUUCCGGGUUAAACCAAUGGAGGGGUAGGUUACGCUUCGAGUUUCGCGGCAGCUCAGCGUUCCUUUCUCCGGCGGUGGUGUUUCUUCAGCAAAGUCCGAGACUUUCUGCGAUCAGAGCUUCAUCAGAGGGAAGCUCGAGGCGUAGGGGUUACAAUGAGUCGCAAGCGGUUAGUGGGUUUUCUAAUGCUAAAGUUCAGCAGAUUGCUUCUAACGUCUUGCCCGUUGGCUCAUUCGUUGUCGUCACCUUCGCUGACAGUUUUGUGGAAAGUGGUUGAGAAGUUUAUGUCUCCAAAGUCUCCAAAGACUUCUUCAGCUGGAGAUAGCAAGUCUUCUACGGAAGGAGUGAAGUGGUCGAUCGGUGCUGGUACUAAUCUGUUACAAGGGUUUGCUGCAAAGGUUGAUAGGGAGAACAAGCAGAGGCUUAAUGAGUUUGCUAAAGAACUCAGGUCCUUCAGAAGUGUUGACAUGUCAGGAUGCAACUUUGGAGAUGAAGGACUGUUUUUUCUUGCUGAAAGCCUUGGGUAUAAUCAGACUGUUGAGGAAGUUAGUUUUUCUGCAAAUGGGAUUACAGCUGCGGGAGUUAAAGCCUUUGAUGGUGUUCUUCAAUCAAAUAUUAUGUUGAAGGUUCUUAACCUCUCUGGAAACCCUAUCGGUGAUGAAGGAGCUAAGACUUUAUGUGCUACAUUGAUGGAAAAUUCUAGCAUUGAGAUUCUUCAGCUGAACAGUACUGAUCUAGGAGACGAGGGUGCGAAAGAAAUUGCUGAGUUGUUGAAGAGAAACUCAACCUUGAGGGUUAUUGAGCUGAAUAAUAACAUGAUUGACUAUUCUGGAUUCACAAGUCUUGCUGGAGCUCUUCCUGAGAAUAAUACAAUACGAAAUUUACAUCUCAAUGGAAACUAUGGUGGUGCAUUGGGUGCCAAUGCUUUAUCCAAAGGUCUUGAGGGUAAUAAGUCUUUACGGGAGCUUCAUUUGCAUGGAAACUCCAUUGGAGAUGAAGGGAUCCGUGCUUUGAUGGCUGGUCUUUCUUCCCACAAAGGGAAACUGGCUCUGCUUGACCUCGGUAACAACUCAAUCACCGCAAAGGGUGCCUUCUAUGUAGCAGAAUACAUCAAGAGAAGCAAGUGCCUGGUUUGGUUGAACCUGUACAUGAAUGACAUAGGCGAUGAGGGAGCUGAAAAGGUAGCAGAUGCUCUGAAGCAGAACCGUUCAAUUGCAACCAUUGACAUUGGUGGAAACAACAUCCACGCAGAGGGAGUUAAUGCUAUAGCGCAAGCUCUGAAAGAUAAUGCAAUUAUUACGACGUUAGAGGUUGGUUAUAAUCCCAUAGGACCUGAUGGAGCAAAAGCCUUAUCCGAAAUUCUCAAGUUCCAUGGAAAUGUAAAGACGCUCAAACUUGGUUGGUGCCAGAUAGCAGCUAAGGGUGCUGAAUACGUUGCAGACAUGUUGAGAUAUAACAACACGAUCUCGGUUUUGGACUUGCGAGCAAAUGGACUUAGAGAUGAGGGAGCUUCUUGUUUAGCUCGGAGCUUAAAAGUAGUUAAUGAAGCUCUGACGUCAGUGGAUCUAGGAUUCAAUGAGAUUCGGGAUGAUGGUGCAUUCUCCAUUGCUCAAGCUUUAAAGGCCAACGAAGAUGUCACGGUUACAUCGAUAAACCUAGGGAACAACUUCAUCACCAAGUUUGGACAGAGUGCUCUUACGGAUGCUAGAGACCAUGUUCUUGAGAUGACUGAAAAGGAAGUAGAGAUUUUCUUCUAGAGAGAGAGAGAGAGACAUUAAAACUGAAGCUCAGUAAUUUUGCCACCUGUAGUUGUUGUCUCAUUCUUUAUGAGAGGUGUUGUUGAAUGGCUUCAAGCCCGAAAUAAAACUUGUUCCUUUUUUUUCGGUUAA